UCAUCCCCUCGCCCCGCCCCCGUAACGUCACGGGGCACCCCCAGGAAGAGCGGAGCGGGGUCCCCGCAAGGAGAGAGAGGGAGAGGCGGACAAGAAGAGGCUCCUCUCUCACCUCUUUCCACCAUAUCUCUCAUCCUCCUCUCUUCUCCUCCUCCUCCUCCUGCUGCUGCUGCCCGCGUCCGGGGUGGGGUGGAGGCAGCGCGGCCAGGGAGCCGCGGAGCCGCGAUGGAGCUCGUGAAGGCGACGCUGAGCGGAGCGGCCCGGUGCCUCGCCGCAACCAAGGCCUCCAAGCUCGGCGGGCAGGUCUCCCACGUGUGUGCCCUGGUGUGCUCCGGGGACAAGCACGCGCUCUUCGUCUACUCGCUCAACCACACAUUGCCGGGGAGCAAGGCGCUGCGACUGGAGUGGCUGAUGCCGGUCGACGGCUCCUUCUCGCUCUCCGCUGAAGAGACUGGACCAAGGGCGAAUAGAGCGAACACGAUGAAGGUGUCUUGCAGCAGUGGAGGGGAGGAGCUCGUGCUGGAGAUGCCUCCGAACCUCGACACGGAGACCUUCUUAACCGAGACGGUGAAAGCCAUCGCAGCCCGCAAACAGGACAGCUGCGCUUCUCCUGUCGACGGCUUCCUCUGGGCGGCUCCGUACCGCCAAAAAAUGGCGUGCGGCGCGGUGGCCGAGGCCGACCUGCUCGGCCUGGGCUGCCCCCCCCCUCCUCCUCCCGCACCCUCACACGUCGCCUCGUCCGCUGCGGCGCCCCUCAUCAUCGCGGACAACCUCAUGGACCUCGAAUCGCUGGAGUCGGUAUGGUCUGCCCGGCGGGACGCCACGGCCAAGCCCGCGGACGCGCCGUCGCUCGGCGGCCUGUCCUCGGUUCCGGCGUCGGCGUUAAGGCCGUGGGGCCAGGAAGCCGACCUGCUGGGCUUGGGGAGCACCCUGGCGGAGCCCCACGCAGGGACGCAUUGCGGCUUCGACGACAACUUUGCCGACAUGCUGUCGGCGAGCAUCGGCCGGGGUCCGGGCCCCGGCAGUUUGGACAACGGGGCCGCCGGUGGUGGCGGCGGCGGGGCCGUCGCGUCGGCCCCGCCGCGCCACCGUCCCGUGAGCAGCGACCCGCCGCCCUUGACGUUCGACGAAGACGCGUUCGGCACGGGGCCGCCGCCGGAUCCGGUCGCCCGGAGCGCCGGAACGGCCGAAGCGCCGAGGCCGACGUCCCGGAAGCUGCCCCCGCCCAGGCCCCCCAAGCCCCUCGCGGCGGCCGCCGCCGCCGGGGAGGGGGGGGAGCGCCGCCCCCCGCCCAGACCCCCGCCUCCGGUGCCCGCGCGGCCCCUGCCCCGCGGCGUGGGGCAGAUCACCCGGCAGGACAGCGACGGGCCGGCGGGCCCCAUGUCGCCCCUCACCACCCUGCGCACGCUGGGGCCCGAGCGCAUGUCGGUGCAGCGUGAGGCGCUCAUCCAGGAGUAUAUGCGGCGGCGCGCGCGCGAGUUCACCACCAAGUGCACGCUCAGGUUCUUCAUCGGCACGUGGAACGUGAACGGCCAGAGUCCGUACAACAGCACCCUGAAAAGCUGGCUGAGCUGCGACGAGGAGGCGCCCGACGUCUACUACAUCGGGUUCCAGGAGCUGGAUUUGAGCAAGGAGGCGUUCCUGUUCAGCGACUCCCCGAGAGAGAAGGAGUGGGUACAGGCGGUCGUCAGUGGCCUGCACUGCGGCGCAAGCUACAAGCGGGUGACGCUGGUGCGCCUCGUGGGGAUGAUGCUGCUCGUGUACGCGAAGGCGGCGCUGUGCCCCCACAUCCAGCAGGUGGUGACGGACACCGUGGGCACGGGCAUCAUGGGACGAAUGGGCAACAAGGGCGGCGUGGGCGUGUCGCUCAUGCUGCACGGCACCAGCGUCUGCGUCGUCAACUCCCACCUGGCGGCGCACACGGACGGCUGCGAGCGACGCAACGAGGACUUCCGUGACGUGUGUGCGCGCAUGAGCUUCCAGAGGGACGACCCCGCACGGACCCUGCUCGGCGUCUCCAACCACGACGCCCUCAUCUGGCUCGGGGACCUCAACUACCGGAUCAACAACCUGCGCGCCGACGAGGUGAAGCACCUCAUCAACAACUGCGACUACAAGAAGCUGCAGGCCAACGACCAGCUAACGCAGCAGCAGCAGAAGAAGGCCGUGUUUGUGGAUUUCCGGGAGUCGGAGCUCAGCUUCCCUCCCACCUACAAGUACGACCCGGGCACUGACAACUGGGACACGAGUGAGAAGGGCCGUGCCCCAGCGUGGUGCGACCGCGUGCUGUGGCGUGGUGACGGUGUGGUGCCGCGUGCCUACCGCAGCCACCCGUGCCUGCGCACGAGCGACCACAAACCCGUGAGCGCGGCGCUGGACGUGACGGUGAACGUAAUAGACCAGCUGCGCUAUGGGAGCGUGCACGACGAGGUCAUCCGCCAGCUGGACCGAUUAGAGAAUGAGUUCCUGCCCUCGGUGCUGCUCAGCUGCGUGGAGUUCUCCUUCCCAGCGGUGAAGUUCCGGCAGCUACGCACGGAGACGCUGCUGAUCCGCAACGACGGACAAGUGCCGUGCACCUUCGAGUUCGUGCCCAAGCUCAACGACACGAACUACUGCAAGCCCUGGCUCAGCGUGAAGCCCAACAAGGGCUUCAUCAUGAAAGGGGAGCAGGUGGCGGUGGCCAUCGAGGUCUACGUGAACCAGGAGAUGGCGUCGCUGCUGGGCGGCGGGCAGGGCCGCUGCCUGGACGACAUCCUGGUACUGCACCUGCAGGACGGCCGCGACCACUUCCUCAUCAUCACCGGCUCCUACACCGAGAGCUGCUUCGGCGCCUCGCUCUCGACUCUGUGCCACUCCACGCAGCCCCUCGCCCUGGUGAACACGCACGAUGUGGGGGAGCAGAGCAGUGCGCAGGACAUUCCCAAGGAGAUGUGGAUCCUCGUGAACCACCUGUACCGCAACGCGCUCACGCAGGAGGAUCUGUUCCAGCAGCCGGGCCUCACCGCCGAAAUGGAGGAGAUCCGAGAUUGCCUCGACACCGACAUCCCCGACACGCUCCCUGGGAGUAACCACUCGGUGGCCGAGUCGCUGCUCAUGUUCCUGGAGGCGCUGGCCGAGCCCGUGGUGAGCUGCGAGCUCUACGGGCAGUGCCUCGACAAGGCGGGCAGUGCCUCACAGAGCAGCCAGGUGAUUCAGCAGCUGCCCCGCUGUCACCUGAACACCUUCCGCUAUCUCAUGGCGUUCCUCAGAGAGUUGCUCAAGCACUCGGAGGAUAACGGGGUCGAACCAAAGUUGCUCGCGACGGUGUUCGGGGGCCUGCUGCUCAGGCCGCCGGGCAAGCGGCGGGCGCUGAGUUGCCUGGAGAAACAGAAAGCCGCCGACUUCAUCUUCAACUUCCUGCUGGAGGCAUCCUCGGCCGACUGAGUCCCGGCUCGCAGCGAGCGGCGGCUCGUGCGGCGGGGUUGGCUCUCCGUUAGAACAUCGACAGGACCAGGGUUAUCAACUUUUUUUGCCCGGAGGCCUAGCCCCCCCCACCCCCCCCUCCCCGCCCCCCCGCGGUGGGGCCCACUGGCCCCGACGCAACAUUUCGCCCCUCUUCGUCCGGCGCCUGGGCCUCUCCGCCCCCAUAGGCCCCUGGCGCGCAGUCGCGACCGCCUGCGUCACCUGAUAACUAACGCCGCUUAAGCUUCCGAGACGCAUACGCACGUGCGCACGAGGAGAGAGAGAGAGAGACGCAUGGACCCGUUGAGUCUCCCUCUGCUGUCGGUGCUGCAAGCAAACCGCCGCCACAUUGUGAAGACAUCCCGCUCGGGCUGUGGCUGCUGCAAUGGGCAGGUGCGGUUACUCGCUGGGUGAAGGCUGUCCAGCACCAGCUGGUCCAAAAUCGACACCCGCUGACUUAACAGCUCGAGGUGACGUUUUUUUUGUUUUC